UCUUCCAGGUCUCGCAGGUGGGUGCAGGGGCCCAAGCACUUGGGCCAUUUUCUGCUGUUUUCCCCGGCCACAGCAGGGAGCUGCAUGGGCAGUGGAGCAGCUGGGGCUCAAAUGGUGCUCACAUGGGAUCUGGCAUUGCAGGCAGCAACAUAACCCGCUGUGCCACAACGCCAGUCCAUGAGAUGAUUUACGAUGACGUGAACGGAGAUGAAGGUGGGAACAGCUCUCUGGAGUACGGGUGGAGCUCAAGUGAAUUUGAAAGUUACGAAGAGCAGAGCGACUCGGAGUGCAAGCAUGGGCUCCCGCGGCCCUUCCUGCGCAGCAACCACAAAAAGCAGAUGCAGAAGCUGAUGAAGGCGGCGAAGGAGGGCACCAGAGACGGCCUGGAGAAGACCAAGGCAGCCGUGAAGAGGGGCCGCUCGUUCAUCAGGACCAAGUCCCUCAUCUCCGCAGAUCACAGAGCUGGUCUCGAAGAAGAGCAGAACUUAUUCAUCGAUGUGGACUGCAAGCACCCGGAGGCCGUGCUGCUGCCCAUGCCGGAGGGGCUGUCUCCGCAGCAGGUUGUGAGAAGAUACAUCCUGGGCUCCGUUGUCGACAGUGAAAAGAACUACGUGGAUGCUCUUAAGAGGAUCUUGGAGCAAUACGAGAAGCCGCUGUCCGAGAUGGAGCCGCGGCUGCUGAGCGACAGGAAGCUGAGGACGGUCUUCCACCGCGUCAAGGAGAUCCUGCAGUGCCACUCCAUGUUCCAGAUCGCACUGGCCAGCCGCGUGGCCGAGUGGGACUCCGUGGAGAUGAUCGGCGACGUCUUCGUGGCCUCGUUUUCCAAGUCCAUGGUGCUGGACGCCUACAGCGAGUACGUGAACAACUUCAGCACCGCCGUCGCGAUCCUCAAGAAGACGUGUGCCACGAAGCCGGCUUUCCUGGAGUUCCUGAAGCAGAGCCAGGAGUCCGGUCCCGACCGAGUCACGCUCUACAGCCUGAUGAUGAAGCCCAUCCAGAGGUUCCCGCAGUUCAUCCUCCUGCUGCAGGACAUGCUGAAGAACACAGCCAAAGGACACCCUGACCGGCUGCCCCUGCAGAUGGCGCUGACGGAGCUCGAAACCCUGGCCGAGAAGCUGAAUGAGAGGAAGAGGGACGCCGAUCAGCGCUGUGAGAUUAAACAGAUAGCGAAAGCCAUCAACGAGAGAUACCUGAACAAGCUCCUGAGCAGUGGGAAUCGCUACCUCAUUCGGUCUGACGACAUGAUAGAAACGGUGUACAACGACAGAGGGGAGGUGGUGAAAACCAAAGAGCGCCGGCUGUUCAUGCUGAACGACGUGUUGAUGUGUGCCACGGUCAGCUCUCGCACCUCCCACGAAGGCAGCACCGUGACCAGCCAGAGGUACCUGCUGAAGUGGAGCGUCCCCCUCGGUCAUGUUCAAGUGGUGGAGUACACCAACGGCCCAGGCCCCGGAGACCACGGCAGGCUGCCCACCACACACCCACCCGAGAGCCUGGCCGUGGUGGCCAAUGUGAAGCCACACAAGGUGUACAUGGGCCCGGGGCAGCUGUACCAAGACCUCCAGAACUUGCUGCACGACCUCAACGUGAUCGGCCAGAUCACUCAGCUGAUAGGAAACCUGAAAGGGGUCUAUCAGAACCUAAACCAGGCGGUGGCCCACGACUGGACGGCAGGACUGCAGAGGCUGAUCUUGAAGAAAGAAGAUGAGAUCCGAGCCGCUGACCGCUGCAGGGUCCAGCUGCAGCUCCCGGGCAAGCAGGACAAGUCCGGGAGACCCACGUUCUUCACGGCCGUGUUCAACACCUUCACCCCUGCCAUCAAAGAGUCCUGGGUGCACAGCCUGCACAUGGCCAAGCUCGCGCUGGAAGAGGAGAACCGCUUGGGCUGGUUCUGCGUUGAGGACGAUGGCAACCAGAUCAAGAGGGAGACGCACCCGCUCCUUGUGGGACACACGCCCGUGAUGGUGGCCAAGCAGCCGGAGUUCAAGAUCGAAUGUGCCGCUUACAACCCCGAGCCGUACGUCAGCAAUGAAAGCCAGCCGGACCCGUGCUCCGCCGCCCGCGGCUUCCUGUGGAUCGGAAGCUGUACCCAGCAGAUGGGUCAGAUUGCCAUUGUCUCCUUCCAAAACACGGCCCCCAAAGUUAUCGAGUGCUUCAACGUGGAGUCCCGGAUCCUGUGCAUGGUGUACGUCCCUGUCCAGAGCAACCACGUGCAGCCCAGCACGGCCCCGGACCCCGAGCCUGCAGCCCCGAGAGCCUCAGAUGUCCCCACUGUCUGUUUGGGGACGGAGGAGGGAAGCAUCUCCGUCUACAAAAGCAGUCAAGGCUCCAAGAAAGUGAGGCUGCAGCACUUUUUCACGCCCGAGAAGUCCACAGUCAUGAGCUUGGCCUGCUCGUCUCGGGGUCUGUACGCCGGGCUCGUCAACGGGACAGUCGCCAGCUACGCCAAGGCCGCAGAUGGAUCCUGGAACUGCGAGCCUCAGCACGUGAUCAAGCUGGGCGUCCUCCCGGUGCGAAGCCUGCUGGUGAUGGAGGACACGCUGUGGGCGGCUUCCGGAGGCCAGGUCUUCAUCAUCGGUCUGGAGACGCACGCCGUCGAGAGUCAGCUGGAGGCGCACCAGGAGGAAGGCAUGGUCAUCUCCCACAUGGCCGUGGCCGGUGUCGGCAUCUGGAUCGCCUUCACCACGGGCUCCACGCUGCGCCUGUUCCACACCGAAACUCUCAAGCACCUGCAGGACGUGAACAUCGCGGCCCCCGUGCACCACAUGCUUCCAGGGCACCAGCGGCUCUCUGUCACCAGCCUGCUCGUCUGCCACGGCUUGCUGAUGGUGGGCACCAGCCUGGGCGUGGUCGUGGCCCUGCCUGUGCCCCGGCUGCAGGGGAUCCCCAAGGUGACCGGAAGAGGCAUGGUCUCCUACCACGCACACAGCGGUCCUGUCAAGUUCAUCGUCACGGCCACGGCUUCACACAAGCGGGACAAGGACGGCGCGAGGGACAGCCCGCCUCCCGGCCGCGAGCCUCAAGAGGAGGAGCCCAAGGAGGCGCCCUCCAGCGAGGGGGCCGAGCCUGAGGCAGCCGUGUGGCUGGGGGAGUCUGCGGGGUCCCUGACCCAGGGGAGCGAGGCAUCCUUGUCCUCCGGCUCCCUGAGCCUGUCCCAGGGCUCCAGCUCCCUGGAGCGCAGGUCGGAGGACCUCCUGCAGGGCCCCUCCCUCUGCCCCAGGAGCAGAACCAGGCGAGGCCGGAGGGCCAGGGCCAGCUCGGCGCUGGUGGUGUGCGGGGGCCAGGGCCACCGGCGGGUGCACCGGAAGGCCAGGCCGCCCGCCCAGGAGGAGCCUGUGUCGUCUGUGAUGGUCUGGCAGAUCCCCCUGCUGGGCGUGUAGGUGGCACGGCCACGCCUGGCCUCGGCUCCCUAGGGGCUGCCCAGGGUGUGCUGGGGCCAGUCAGAUGCGGUUCUGGGGGAUACGUGCAAUAUGGCCGCAGGGGCUCUGCGGGGGCUCCCUGUUCCUCUGCACGCAUAGCCCAGUGCAGGGGCCUGGAAGAAGGCAGGAGGCCUGCGUGGCCGCUGCGCCCUGAGAACAGACCACGACCCUCGGAGCCACUGUGGCCGUACAGGAGUCCCGUUCCUGUGUCAUGUGACCUGGAGGGCCUGAGAGGCAGCGAAUUCUGGAGCAUAGGAAUCUAUUCACAGUUUCUAAAAUAAUUGUAUCAGCUCCAGGUUCGCUACUGUUAUUUAUAUUCCAUAGUUUAAAUUACAGAGCUGAACCUGUAACAAUUUAAAAGGCCGGAAACUCGCCGUUCCAGGUGGCACCAUUUGCUGUGGGAAGGGAGCUUGGUUUCCCAAAGUGAUAAACUGUGUCUGCUGUAAAUUCUAACAAGUAGCAGUUUUAAAUCGCAUUUUUCUAUUAAAAGUUAACAGUUCAUGUUUUAGCCAAUAUCUUUCUCGUAAAGAACGUUUGCUCUGAACCAAAACUCCCGCUGUGGACGCCGGGUUAGGCGUGCGCCCAGGGCGGGGCUGCCUGGACUGAGCCACUCUGGAAACACGCAGGUGGCCGCGUGGCGGGCAGCAGGCAGCGACAGUGCCCGGUGCUCAGUGCUCCUGCGCCUGCUGAUCCCGGGCAGCCCUCGUGCCGGCCACUGCCCACGCGCAGGUUGUGGUCCGCGUCCGCCGUGGCCCGACCACGUUUCCAGGGCAAGGUUGUGCUUCCUGGGGAAGGAGCAGGCGACGCCCGGCACAGGCAUUCCAGAAAUAAAGGACUCAGCACUUUAGAGACUAAACUGCUAAUGCUGUGACUUAGCCGAGCGUAGUCUAAGCCGCGUGCCUGCCCCGUGAGAGUGGCAGCCUCCCGAGCUCCCGUGGACUCCUAGCUGCUGCCGCAGUUCACAAAUAAAGCCUUUGU